AUGGAUUUAGCGCAUAAAAUAGUGUUUUGGAUUUUACCUCUGUUUUUGUUAUGCUUUAUUCUAACGCUGUGCGAGGCUUACCUCAACACUGUGCGAAUUGAGGAAAUACCUUUUGGAAAAACUCCACCACGCAUAGCAAGCUUGAAGCUCAAACACAAGGACAGUCGUCGCAGCGGCAUUCACUUGAUCACCAGUCUAGAGCAUCAACGCACUUUUCUGCAUUUAUUUCAUGUGCCCUACAUAAUUUGUUUCUAUGCCGCUAAGGGCAAGUGGCCAUAUGUGCCGGGCUUUAUGAAAAAUCGUGUGGAUACGGCUGCCAGAAGUUUCUUUCAUCAAAAUGACAGUUUUAUAAAGCAAUUCUGCACCAAGUGGAUACAAGUCAAGGAAUGCUUUCGACCGCUUUUCGACAAAUCGAAUACCACCAUUACAUCAGAUGUUGAGACAUUAGACUUACAGAAACGCUGCAACUGCGAUAAGUUAACGUCUACGGAAUCACCGGUGCCCGUGGUUUACUUUGAUAAGAAUUACAUUGGCAAUGUGAGCUCGGAAACCAUUUUGACUACAAUUGAGUUCUUGGAAAGUUUUCUGCCACCGCCAACCAAAAAAAUUAAGAAAAAUAAAAUACGCGUGCGUGGACGGGUAGAUGAAAUGGAUAUUGAUUAA